AUCCGCCCGACUGGGCGGAUGUUUUUUUUGUUUACAUAAUGUAACUAAAUAUUUUUUAUACCAUUAUAUAAUCUAUAAAAAUUAUAAUAAAAUCGUGACAAAAAUAUAUCACAUAAUACAUAUAUUGCAGUUACAAAAUUCCAUUAAUAGUAAAAGUAAAAUGAUUUAUAUAACUGUAAAUGUAAAUAUCACGCGAAUAUUUGCUUUUAUUUAACUGAUAUCAUUUUAUCGAGUUGGCUAGUGGUAAAGGAAAUGUUAAUAGCCUUUCAAUGGUCGGGUUUGAUACGCGUUAGAAAGAAUUAUUUACAAUAUUUGGGUUCCCAGUAAAAAUGAGAAACCACUUUUUCAUUUUUUAGGAAUAUACUUUUGCUUUCUAUAAAUAAUAUAAUAUUUAUUUAUUUUUCACGUAUUAUGUAUUUUUUAUUAUGACAUUACGCAAAAUAAUUAAAAUAUAUAUUUUUAGUUUAUGUGUGUGUUUUCCAUAAACUAACAUAUAUAUGCGAAAAUAAUAUUUGAGAUGUUUUGAUAGGUUUUUGGUCAUAAAGGAUAACUAUAUUUAAAUUCAACCCGUUAUAUAAGUAGUUUUAAAUUUUAAUUUCUCAACCCGAUAUAUAAAUAUUCGUCAUGCAUUUUUAGUAAAAUAUUUAUAUCAUACUUAUUAAAAUGAGUAAUUUGUUAGAAUGAGUAAUGGCAUUUCUUGUAUUUAUAUUAUUAUCAAAUUAAUUUUAUUUUAACUGAUUGACUUUAACAAUUUAUUAUAUGUAGGAUUUUUAUUUUAUUUUAUUUGAUUUUUUUUUGCUUUUUUUAGAACAUUGUUAUCUUGUCUAAAUAUUUUUCUUUACAUACAAAACUUGAAGAAUAUUCUUUUGAAACUUUCCCUAUUACAAUUUUCUCAUAAGAAAAAUCUUAGGUGUUUUUAAUUUUUUUUAAUACUAAUACUUAAAUGUACAUGUUAUUACGAAAUCUAAUAUUUCAAAUCCUUACUAAAGAAAAAUAAUUUAAGGUAAAAUCCAAUUGAACAUAUGUAAUAUCAUACAUAAUUUAAAAAUAACUUUCUAAUAGCAUUUUAGUUAUAGAUAUAUCUAAAACAAUAUCAUCAAUUAAAUAGAUUAGUCAAAUUGGUUAUUUGAAAAUUUUAAUUAGGUACAAAUUUAGAAUUAUCAAGUAAAAUGGAUACUUUUAAAUAUGUUCUCAUUAUUAAGUUUUCAUUCCCAAAUACGGCAUAUCCUUUAAAUUUUUAAAAUAUUGUUAAUUGAUUUCAUUAACAAUAAAAUUUUGAAAAAUGUAAUAAACAUUAUUUAAUAGAGGAUAAUAUCUAUGAAUUUAUGGAAUUUUUUUUUCUACUUUACAUAUUAAGUUUAUAGUAUUAAUAUGCAUUAAGUGCAAUAUUUAUCAUGAAUUUGUUGUGGAAUAGAUUUAGAAAAUAAAUUAUUUUAGAUUUAAGUUUAUUAAUUACUUCAGUGGCAUUGUAUUGUAAUUAAGUUGUAAAUUUUAGGGUUACUUUUUAUUUGUACUUCUAUUUUAAUAAAGUAGAUGGUAAAUCUCCAUUUCAGAAUUAUGUUAGCCAAACUAGAAACCAUGUGCCAUUUAUUUCACCCACAAAAACCAGAGUUAUAGAGGUCUACAAAAGUCUCUUAAUUUUCAACAUUAAUUGAAUUUUAUUUACGCGCUAGAUAAUUGUUUGUAGUAUACGUCAAAUCUUAUCAUAUCAUUUUCAGAAGAGUAACUGUAUGAUGUAAAUUACCCCCAAUAAGUCCCAUAAUAUAGAUAGGUCCAGAUUCUACCUAAACAUCUCUAAAUUUCAUUAAUGGUUUCAUUUCAUGUUUCUGCAGCAUUAUACUGAAAUAGUUUGAUGUCACAUAAUACAUACCACAUAAGCUCACAUUACAGGUCGCUCUUUAUACCAUGUGAUGAUGAUAAAUCGAAACUAUAAGUAAUAUAUAAAUGAAACAAUGCCAAAACGUUUCCCUUGAAUAAUUUCAUAAACAAAAAAGAAAAAGAUAUUUCCCUUGCAAAUGCCAGUUUUAAAAAGUUUCUUCAAGAAAAUGGCAUUUUGGCUGUGUGUGAUCUUUUGUCUUUUCGCAUUCGCUUCCUCAACUCCACCAGAUGAUCCGGUCAAGUGUGAGUCCGGAAACACAAUAUGCACGGUUACGAAUUCGUAUGGAGCAUUUCCUGACCGCUCCAUAUGCGAAGCUGCAAAGGUGGAGUACCCAAGAACCGAGGCUGAGCUCGUCUCUGUGGUGGCUGCAGCCACUAGAGCCGGCCAAAAGAUGAGGGUUGUGACUCGGUACUCUCACAGCAUCCCCAAGCUGGUCUGCACCGACGGAAAGGACGGGAUUCUCAUAAGCACCAAAUUUCUAAACCAUGUGGUGCGAACCGAUCCCAAGGCCGAGACUUUGACGGUUGAGAGCGGCGUGACGCUAAGGGAGCUGAUAGAAGAAGCGGCCAAGUUGGAGCUGGCGUUACCGUACGCACCGUACUGGUGGGGACUAACGGUUGGAGGGAUGAUGGGGACGGGUGCUCACGGUAGUUCGCUGUGGGGUAAGGGAAGUGCCGUCCAUGAUUACGUGACCGAGAUAAGACUCGUGAGUCCUGGUUCGGUUUCUGACGGGUAUGUGAAGGUUAGGGUUCUUAGUGAGACUAUGAACCCUGAAGAAUUUAAUGCAGCCACAGUUUCUUUAGGAGUUCUUGGUGUUAUAUCUCAGGUAUGUAUGUUUAAAAUACGAAUUAUAUAUUCUUUUUUGUGCUACAAAUAUUUACAUUUUAUUUCUUUUUGUAUAUUUGGACAGGUAACUUUCAAAUUGGAACCAAUGUUCAAGAGAUCCUUGACGUAUGUUGUGAGAAACGAUACCGACAUGGAAGAUCAAGCCUUAACUUUUGGUAGACAACACGAAUUUGCGGACUUAUUAUGGUUACCAAGCCAAGGAAAAGUUAUAUAUAGAAUUGAUGACCGAGUUCCGACAAACGUUUCGGGAGAUGGCGUGUUCAGUUUCUUCCCAUUCCGUUCACAAGUCUCUUUGAUCCUUGCCUUCGUCAGAUCCUUAGAGGAGAGUGACGAGUUAUCUGGAGAAGCAAACGGAAAGUGUGUGAGAGCAAGACAACUAUCAUCCUUUUUGCUAAGAAUCGCGUUCGGUGUGACCAAUAAUGGCUUUAUAUUUACAGGCUAUCCGGCUGUCGGAAGCCAAGACCGUAUGAUGUCAUCCGGUUCAUGUCUAGACAGUCAUCAGAAUGGACUGAUCACGGCUUGUCCGUGGGAUCCGCGGAUAAAAGGCCAAUUCUUUCAUCAAACAACAUUUAGUGUUCCUCUUGCGCGAGUCAAAGCUUUCAUAAAAGACAUCAAAGCUCUUGUAAAGAUCGAAACCAAGUCUCUCUGCGUCCUUGAACUCAACAACGGCAUUUUAAUGCGAUAUGUCACAUCCUCUCCUGCCUUUCUUGGGAAGGAAGAAAAAGCUUUAGACUUUGACCUAACUUACUACAGAAGCAAAGAUGAUCCUUUGACACCCCGUCUCUACGAGGAUUAUAUUGAAGAGAUCGAGCAAAUGGCGCUCUUAAAGUACGAUGCUUUGCCACAUUGGGGGAAGAAUAGGAACAUAGCGUUUGAUGGGGUCAUUAAGAAGUACAAGAACGCAAACUUGUUUCUGAAAGUAAAGGAGAGAUUGGAUCCCUCGGGGUUGUUUUCUACAGAAUGGACCGAUCAGAUUCUAGGGUUAAAAGGAAACGUGACGGUUGUGAAACAAGGAUGUGCAUUGGAAGGGCUAUGCAUUUGUUCGGAGGAUUCUCAUUGUGCUCCUAACAAAGGUUAUUUGUGUCGGCCAGGUAAAGUUUAUAGUGCAGCUAGGGUUUGUACUCGUGUAAGUGCUUGAGAGUGAUUA